AUGAUCUCGCCCAGGGCCAAUGAUGACGAAUCUACCACGGCACCCCUCGACCGGAUAGAAAACACAGGCUCUCAGUCUCAGUCUCAGUCACAAUCUCACUCUCAAACCCCCUCUCAGCCUCAUUCUCACUCUCAUUCGCGAUCUCAUGCCCGAUCUCACUCACAAACCAAAGUUUUCUCCCAUUUCGGCUCAGCCGUGACGCCGGCCGCUUCGUCAACAUGGGGUCUCGGUGAGCCAACACCCUCACACUACCUCUCUUCUGAAGCAUCAACAUCGCCGGCAGAGUCCUGGAGGCUCGAUGAGUUCGUCACCGACCCAGGUUACCUCGCCUACCAAGAGGAGCUGAGAUGCCUCAUCUUCAACACGGCGCAAACGGCGGCCCCUACACGGGAGGGCACUCCCGAGGCAGCCGAUGGUGGCUUUUCUGCUGGGGGUUUCGCGGCGCCGGGUACCAUCUUGGGCGACGAGGGAGCCGCACGGCGGCAGGCUGGCCAGAUUUUGGGCACAGGACGGAGGUUGGAGUAUUUGAAGAACUACGUCGGCGAGGUCGCGACAUGGCUCGACAUGUUUGACAGCGACCGGGCCUUUGGCAUACAAGUCCCCGUUCUCGCCCGCAGCUCACCUGCACUCCUCUACGCCGUCCUCGCGCUCUCGGCGCGACAGAUGGAGCGAAAGGAGGGGAAGCAGACGUCGUUCGACAGCCUCGAGCUAUACCAAGAAGCCAUCCGCCUACUGACCCCGUUGCUGCAAUCCCGAGACCAAAAGAUCAUUCCCAUCUGCACGAUUCUGUGCUGCCUCGAGAUGAUGUCUGCCAGUGCUCAGGACUGGAGGAAGCAUCUCGAGGGGUGCGCCGCGCUCUUUGACUCUUUCUACGUUCACGGCUUCAGCGGCGGUCUACUUCAAGCCGUCUUCUGGUGCUACGCACGAAUGGACCUAUGUGGCGCCCUCAUCUCCGACGGAACAGAAAGCACCCUCCUCACCCCCUCAAAAUGGCUCCUUAGCGGCGCCUCCCACUCCGAAGCAAGCGAACUCUUCCGCCAGUCCGGAACCCCCGACAUGCACGCCAACUAUGCCGUUUACCUCUGCGCCAAAGUCUGCGAGCUCGUCGCCGACAGGACGCGCUACUUCGAGCUCGGCGACGCAAGCGGCUGCAGCAGCCCCGACGAGCUCACCGACCGCUGGGUUUGCCUCUGGGAAGACCUCCAGGCCUGGACGCGCGACCGACCGCCGGAGCUGCUGCCCGUCCAGAGCAUCCAGAGUAGUCCGUUCCCUCAGAUCCUAUUCCUGCACUGGGCGGCCAUCUCUUCCAAUCAGCUCUAUCACACGGCUUGCACACUCUUGCUGGGGGCCAUGCCGCGGCCGCUAAACCUCAAGCUGGGCGGCGUCACGGGGUCCGCUAUAUGGCAUGCCAAGUGUAUUUGCGGCAUAUCGCUGGCGAACCCGCACCAGGGCUGCUUAAACAACGCUAUCCAGCCCCUUUGGGUCGCGGGCCGACUUCUCAGUCACAAGUCAGAGCACGCUCUCCUCGUGAAGCUCAUCCGCAGUAUCGAGGCUGUGACGGGAUGGGGCACCUGUUGGAGAAUUGAUGAUCUGGAGGCCGCUUGGGGCUACAAGGUCCGUAAAGAACUCAGGAUUGCCGACAUGGGUAGGUGA